AAUUGCAUCAGAAUCCUAACAUUAGAGAGUUCAAAAUGUCACAUGAAUGCGCAUUACAUAACGAAAAUUUCCAGAUUUCAUGCCAAGCUCCAUGCUUCCAUCAAUUUUGUGGGACGUGCCGAAUGUACGACUGGCUUUGGCGAGGCUUUCACCGAUGUCAUUGUCCGAUAUGCGAUGAACCGAUAAAUCUUUUGAUUCCAACAUUAGAUAUAAAUUCUCGCCAUAACCCGGAAGUUCUGUCGAAAAUAAAUGCGUAUAACCAUAUGUUUGGUCUUACAUCUAAUAUUCCCUUUUGUUUUCUUUAUCUUUUCCUUAUUAGGGAUGUUCUUACCAAUAAAGUAUCUCCUACGACUUUUUUCAAUGCUCGUUUCUUCAUUAGUAUAAUAAUGUUAUAUGCAUACUACAUGUACUUCCCUUGGAGAGAGAUAUUUGGAACAAGAAUACUUUCUCCUCUAGUCGGGCUAUUCUGGAUGCCACAUACAGUUUCCGUCUAUAAAUCGAAACUUUGCAACCGUUAUAGGAGUAAUUUUAGAGAGAAAUUGAUGUACCUAGGAAGUUCAUUGAUUGGGUCAUGGCUAGUGUCACUACAGUUUCAUACAAGUUUAAUGUCAAUGGGAAUUUGACUGACUUUAUGCAAGCUAAGAGAGGGAUCAGGCAGGGUGAUCCUUUGACACCCCUGCUUUUUGUGAUCAUCAUGGAAUAUAUGCAUAGAAUUAUGCAAAAGAUGCAAUUUGAUCCUGAUUUCAAACAUCAUGCUAAGUGUAAAAAGUUAAAGCUUACUAAUUUGAUUUUUGUGCUCCUUUUCUGUAAAGGAGAUCCCACUUCUGUUGAAAAGAUUCAGAAUGCCUUUAAAAUUUUCUGUGAUUCCACUGGAUUGAUAGCAAACCCUGAUUUUAUCAUGAUCACUAAUCACUGUUAUUGGUAGGUGUUGUUCAUUAACCUUAAUCUAGGCCUUUUUUUAUUUUUUCUAUUAAACCAUAGUUAACUUUUGUCCCCUUCAGGGUUUGUUUUUGCCUUACCCUUUUUUGUUUGUCUCAAUUACUAUUUUUUUUUAUCUGCCACGUUAUAAUUGUUGAGAACUUUAAUGCACUAACAUUUUUCUUCUUUGUGUCCAAAUUUCAGGGUUAAUCAAAGAUCUUUCAGCCACGCACCUCACCCGACCAAAAAGCUAAGUUUUCUAAUUUCUUUGUUUAAUGACAUUUUAUUUUGCCUUAUAAAAUAUAAAUUAGGGUUUACUUUCAAAUGUCGAUGAAUUACUCCUACACUCACCCCUAUUAUUGUCCGUUUAAUUCUCAGAUGUUCAGAGUCAAUCAAGGGUUCGAGGAGGAUCAAGGCAAGGCAUUCAAAGAUGCGUAAAUUAACUGUUGUGCAUUCUUAUUUUCUGCCUUUAUUUUUAUAUUACCCUAUAAGGGUUUUAUUGUAAUAGAUUAGGUUUAUUUUUCCGCCUUUUAAUUUCCCCCAUCCCCGCAGGUGUUUAUUGUAAUAACGUAGGA